AUGUUUAGUGUUAAAAGAUCUGUUAUUGGGAUAUCGAAACAAUCCAGCCUUCCAAAAUCAUUCAUUUCUUCACAGAUAUCCAUUAGAUCAAAUUCCUCAUCAUCAACACCUGACAAUGAUAAUGUGAAAAGGAAAAAAGCCGGCAUGGAUAUCUCCAAAGUCCCAUUACCUUAUAUUGGUGUAAUGUCAGACUUUUAUGUUCCACCAAAGCUUACAACCUGUCCUAUUACAUCAUGGCCAAAAUUGAUUACACGAAGAAUAAUGCUUUUUGCAUUAAACACUUAUAAUAUUGUUAAAUUCAAACGUGAAAUCGGUGUACCAUUAGAAUUUAAUGCAUGGAAAGACAAGGGGAUAGAAAAUUACGUUCGUGCCAAUAAAGUUUUUGCUCAAGCAUGUAGUGAACCUCAAUUGAAAGCUAAGGCAUCCCUUUUAAGACGUAAAUUGGACCAUUCUUGUGGGAAACAUUUAAUCGAAUCAUUGAGUGCAAGAAGUUUAUCAUUCCCUGAAGAUUCUAAAUUGAAUUGGGAAUUGAAAAGCAUUCAAAAUAAUCCUAAAGUUGUGUUAUUCAAUAUAAUCCCUGAUGCCGAUGGGAUUGCUUGCUUUGUUCAAUUCAUUUUAAAAUUGAAAACCAAUCAAAAGAUUUCAAUUGUUAAGGAUCAAAAAGUUGUCAAAGAACAAGAAAGCUCUGUUGAAGACUAUUUGGUUUAUUCCAUGAAUCCAAUCAGUAAAGAACUUCUUCUUGUGGGUAAAUUAUUUGAGAGUGAUCAUAUCAGAGGGUUGAAGCCAGAAAUGGAUGUUUUUGACCAAAAAUUGAUGCAGCGUUUCUUGAAAACUUCAAGUGAUAUUUAUAGAACUGAUCCAAAGCAAACCAAAUGA